UAUGCAUUUCAACUUGGUCAAGUUGAAUGCUUCCACAGCUCUGUUAAGUGCACAGGCCUCAUUAUGGAGAUCAAAGAGGUAAAGAAGAUUGCGGUAGCCAAACCUGUUGCAACGAGGCCUACUUGUUCUACCUAUAGACCGUUCUCCGAGCUUCUUUCUGGUGCAAUAAAUGGAUCAUCCACCGGGGGCUGUUCUCAGACCGCAGUCAUAGCUGCCAUUAGACCGAAGACAGUAAGAUUAAGGUCAGCGGGGAACCAAACUUUAGGUGGAAAGGUCGAGAUGCCUGGCGUUUCAGUUCGGUCCCCUCCUGCUAACGUGUUGAAAUCCGAUGACAAACCAACCAUCGUAUACAAACCCAUGCCAAAGCUACUCUCCAAGACAACUUUUCCUCAAAAUUUGAACAUGAGAAGCUCUACAUCGAGUCAGCAAAACGAAGCAGCUGAGGAGACGAGCCAGGUGAAACCAUCUGACGUGAGAUUAGAAGCUCAUCAAAGUUUAUCAUUGAAGUCAGGAACGGACAAAAAACCGGUUGACCACUCGAAAAUGGCAAUGCAGAACACAGAAGACAAUGAGCGUUCUCUGUUUCAGGCCAGUGGCGUGGACUGUCUUUCUGGGGAUGGAUAUAAUUGGAGAAAAUAUGGACAGAAGCAAGUUAAGGGGAGCGAGUACCCGAGAAGUUAUUACAAGUGUACACAUCCAAAAUGCCCCGUGAAAAAGAAGGUCGAAAGAUCACUUGAUGAUCAGAUUGCAGAGGUUGUGUACAAGGGCGAGCAUAACCACGCUAAGCCACAGCUUCCAAGAAGCAACUUGCGGGAUGGACAACCGAAAGGGGUUCUCGUCUCGGAGGAUACUUGUAAUGAAACCAAUAACCCCGUGAGGAGGAGCGAGCAACUUACUCUACAAAAUGAACCUUGUGGACCUAGCACCGAGCAUAAAAACAACACCAUGUUGUCCACACGCUCAACUUAUUCUAGCGGAGCUCCUCCACCAUUCCACGGUGCUGCAUCAACUCCCGAAAACUCUUGCGCUCCAAGUGGGAUACAUCGAGAAGGAAGUCAAGGAUUGGAGGCAGAAGGCGAUGAACCGAAAGGAAAAAGAAGGAAGUGCGGGAGCCAAACCCACGAUGGAGCGACACUCGGGAAUGGUGCAAUGGAGACGACACAGACUGUUGUCGGAAGUACAACUGAUUCUGAAACCACGAGGGAUGGAUUCCGGUGGCGAAAGUAUGGGCAGAAGGUAGUUAAAGGAAAUACGUACCCCAGGAGCUAUUAUAGAUGCACGAGUCCUAAGUGCAAUGUGAGGAAGUAUGUGGAGAGAGCCCCCGAUGAUCCAAAAGCCUUCAUAACGACCUACGAGGGAAAACACAACCACGACGUUCCAACAAGAAACCCAAAUCCCGAGCCAUCUAGAUCGAGCACAAGGGCUGCAGCCACGAAAGAAAAAUCAUAACCAUCGAGAUAUAUGUUGGAAAGCGGGGGCUGGAAUCUUACUGCAUUAUAUUGGUCGAGAAAUGUCUCUCUUUCUUGCAAAUUGUGUUUAUCUAUCAUGCAAAGACUUGGUAAAAGAUAGUUUUUAGCACAGGUAACUCGAGUAUAACCUUACCGCUAUUUUGAAGUGAUUUGGACAGUAUGAUUUGAGAGGCUUUAAAAUCAUUAACCUGUGGAAUUGGAAGCCAUUUUGACUUGGCUAGCCACCCAGGAAUCCAGUCAUGAUAAUUUCUUUCCUUCA